AUGUUCUCUUGUUCACUCUCUCCUCAGAUCCCCCAGGUGAGCUAUGCCUCCACGGCUCCGGAGCUGAGCGAUAACACGCGUUACGACUUCUUCUCCCGCGUCGUGCCCCCGGACACCUACCAGGCACAGGCCAUGGUGGACAUAGUUAAAGCCAUGCGCUGGAAUUACGUGUCCACAGUAGCAUCAGAGGGUAACUAUGGAGAAAGCGGUGUGGAUGCCUUCAUACAGAAGUCCCGCGAAGAGGGAGGUGUGUGCAUCUCUCAGUCAGUGAAGAUACCACGAGAACCUAAGCCUGGAGAGUUUGACAAGAUCAUCCGCAGACUGUCAGAGAACCCCAAUGCACGGGUUGUUAUUCUCUUUGCCAAUGAAGAUGACAUUAGGCGGCUUCUUCAAGCAGCGAAGAAGGACAACCAGACAGGACAUUUCAUAUGGGUGGGGUCAGACAGCUGGGGGUCUAAGAUCUCCCCCAUACUCAACCAGGAGGAGAUGGCAGAAGGUGCUGUUACCAUCCUACCUAAACGUCAGUCCAUCCGAGGGUUUGAUCGCUACUUUAUCAGCAGAACUUUGGACAACAACAGAAGGAAUAUUUGGUUUGCAGAGUUCUGGGAAAACAACUUCCAGUGCAAACUCAGUCGACACGCUCUGAAGAAAGGAUCCGGCAUCAAAAAGUGCACAAACCACGAGCGGAUCGGGAAGGACUCGUCCUAUGAGCAGGAGGGAAAGGUCCAGUUUGUGGUCGACGCAGUCUACGCCAUGGCUCAUGCCCUACACAACAUGCACAAGGAGCUCUGUCCAGGCAAUGUGGGCCUCUGCUCCAAAAUGGAAACCAUCAAUGGAACCAUGUUGCUCAAGUUCAUUCGCAAAGUCAACUUUACAGGAAUUGCUGGCACUCCAGUGAUCUUCAAUGUGAACGGAGAUGCCCCUGGUCGCUAUGAGAUUUACCAGUACCAGAUGAAACACAACACCACAGAGUAUAAGAUCAUCGGCCACUGGGCAGACCAGCUUCAUUUAGAUACUAAGGAGAUGCGGUGGCCUGGUGGGACACUCCAGGUACCCCAGUCUAUCUGCAGCCAGCCCUGUUGUCCUGGGGAGAGGAAGAAAACAGUCAAAGGUGUCCCCUGCUGUUGGCACUGUGAGCGCUGUGAUGGCUACCAGUACCAGGCCGACACCUACAGUUGUAAGAUGUGCCGCUUUGACCUGCGGCCCAAUGAGAACCACACGGCCUGUGAAGCCAUCCCCAUCGUCAAGCUGGAGUGGAGUUCCCCCUGGGCUGUCAUCCCUGUACUCAUCGCUGUGCUGGGCAUCAUGGCCACCAUGUUUGUGGUGGGCACCUUCAUCCGCUACAACGACACGCCCAUCGUUAAGGCGUCAGGGCGCGAACUCAGCUAUGUGCUGCUGACGGGCAUCUUCCUGUGCUACGCCACCACCUUCCUCAUGAUCGCUGCCCCUGACGUUGGCAUCUGCUCCCUGCGACGGAUCUUCCUGGGUCUGGGGAUGAGUAUUAGCUAUGCAGCGCUGCUCACUAAGACCAACCGUAUCUAUCGCAUCUUUGAGCAGGGGAAGAUGUCAGUGAGCACCCCCAGGUUCAUCUCCCCGGCCUCCCAGCUGGUCAUCACCUUCAGCCUGAUCUCAGUUCAGCUCCUGGGGGUGUGUAUCUGGUUUGGUGUGGACCCGUCUCAGGCUGUCAUCGACUAUGAGGACCAGCGCACGUCCAACCCGGACAUGGCCCGUGGCGUGCUCAAAUGUGACAUCUCAGACCUUUCUCUGAUCUGCCUGCUUGGCUUCAGCAUGCUGCUCAUGGUCACCUGUACGGUGUAUGCCAUCAAGACCCGGGGGGUGCCAGAGACCUUCAACGAGGCCAAGCCCAUCGGCUUCACCAUGUACACCACCUGUAUCGUGUGGCUAGCCUUCAUACCCAUCUUCUUCGGGACCUCACAGUCAACAGAAAAGAUGUACAUCCAGACCAUGACUUUGACCAUCUCUGUGAGCCUGAGUGCCUCUGUGUCUCUGGGGAUGCUCUACAUGCCAAAGGUCUACGUGGUCCUCUUCCACCCGGAGCAGAACGUGCCCAAUCGCAAGCGCAGCCUCAAGGCUGUAGUCACCGCAGCCACCAUGUCCAACAAGUUCCCCACCAAGGGUGGCCUGCGUCCCAACGGAGAGGCCAAGUCUGAGCUGUGUGAAAGCCUGGAGACACAAGCAUUGGCCUCCAAGCAGACAUACAUCAGCUACAGUAACCAUGCCAUCUAAGAGACAGACAGUGGAACUCCGGCUUGGAAGCAUAGCAAGGACCUGCCCGUGGGGUGAACGAACACCAAAAACUGGAGAACCAAGAUGAAAGAGCAGUGGCAAAGGUGGAGAAAUGAGAAUGAGAAUAAUCACUCAACAUACAGAACUGAUGUCACUAUUUUCAAGAGGACAAGGCAAGGCAAAUAUAUUGAAUACCAAACAAAAGCAGUGGGGGGUGGGGAAGUGGGGAUGUCAGGCAGACAGUGAUGUCUCCCCUCCCCAUCCUCCUUGUGACAUGUCAAAUACACCAGGCAGUCACGUUUCCAAAUUCAGUCAGAGCCAAUGACUUCAAUUCAGUGUUUUCCUUCUGGAGUUUACAGAACAGCAUUUCUCUUCUGGUGUUUUGUCUGAAGCUGACUAACACCCUCUUUGGUAAGAGUGAAUUCAGUUUUCUCUUUGUGUGCAGCAGUGUUGUGUCUCUCUCUACCAGUAGUAAUGUGCAAUUAUUUGCUUCCCUUUCUCCUCUGUCCUUUCCAAUGCGGGUGUAAUGCUGAACAUAAUAUCAAAUUAGUCAAUAAGUCAAAGCUGUCAAAAGUAGAUGAAAAAGUGUGUUGUUGGUGUGGGGUAAGUCUUCAUUCAAGGCCAAAAUAAACAAAUAUUAAUCCUCAGGCUCUGUAACAUUAACAUUAUGUUGUCAUCAUUUUAAUGAAGGUCAUAGUUGUGAAACAGAGCCAACAAGUAUGCACCUUUCCAACAUUUAACAUGUCUGAAUAUUCAGUUCUACUGCACGUGUCCAAUAAGUGUUUCCUUAACAUUUUAUACAUCAAAUAAAGCAAUGGAUUUUCACAGAUGAUAGCGAUAUCAUAGCUGACACCAUCUUUACGGCCUUGUAUACAGUCAUAGAGCAUGCCUGUGGGAGCAUAAUGUUUACUGUGCUGUGUUUUCAAAAUCUAUUAAAUGCAACAUGUGUGAGGAUUGUGGUUCAACAGACA